AUGACAACGGCGGCUCUUCCCAUCAUUGAUGUCUCCCCUCUUUUUGGGGACGGAGGGGGCGUGACUGAGGUAGCGAGGCAGAUUGACGAGGCGUGCCGCACCUGGGGUUUCUUCUACGUUGUCGGGCACCCCAUUCCACGUGAGCGGUUUGAGCAACUCACGCAGAUGGCGAACAGCUUCUUCUCACUCCCACUGGAGGAAAAGUGUCAGAUCGAUAUCAAGAAGAGCCGGCACCACCGCGGUUAUGGCGAGGUGCUUGCGGAGCAGUUGGAUCCUUCGGCGCCGCAGGAUUACAAGGAGACGUUUGACAUGGGCUGUCACCUGCCGGAGGAUCACCCUGAUGUUGUUGCGGGAAUGCCGCUGCGCGGGCCGAAUCGGCACCCCACACAGAUCAAGGGCUGGAGUGAAUUGAUGGAGAGGCACUACAGUGAGAUGCAGCAGUUUGCCCUCGUCCUCCUGCGUGCCCUUGCAGCGGCUAUUGGCAUCGAAGAGGAUUUUUUCACCCCUCACUUUGUGGAGCCACUGAGCGUGUUCCGCAUGAUUCAUUACCCUGCGCUUGACGAAGGGAAAGGCGAACGGCUGGUGUGCGGCGAGCACACGGACUACGGCAUCCUGACACUGCUCUACCAGGACAAGAAUGGGGGCCUGCAGGUGCGUGGUUUGUCCGGUGAGUGGAUUGAUGCCCCGCCGGUGGAGGGAAGUUUCGUCGUGAACGUUGGGGACAUGAUGCAGAUGUGGAGCAACAACCGCUACCGCUCCACCCUGCACCGUGUCGUGAACCCCGGCACCGACCGCAUCUCCAUGCCGUUCUUCUGCGAGCCCAACCCCAAUGCAGUGAUCGCAUGUCUUGCGAACUGCUGCUCCGCGGAGAACCCCGCCAGAUACCCGCCUGUCAAGGCCUCGGAUUGGCUGCAGAAACGCUUUGCGCAGACGUACGCGUACCGGAAGUCCAUGCCGUAA